AGGUUGCAAGAUCAAAGCAUUACGCGCAAAAACAAACACGUACAUCAAAACCCCGGUGCGAGGAGAAGAGCCGGUGUUCAUCGUGACGGGACGGCGUGAAGAUGUGGAAAUGGCCAAACGGGAGAUCAUCUCCGCCGCUGAGCACUUCUCCAUGAUCAGAGCCUCACGCUGCAAAGCCGGCGCCAGCGCUCCCGGGUCCAGCGGCUCACUCCCUGGCCCGCCAAACCUGCCAGGACAGACCACCAUACAGGUGCGCGUGCCCUACAGAGUCGUGGGCUUAGUAGUAGGCCCUAAAGGAGCCACGAUCAAGCGCAUCCAGCAACAGACGCACACCUACAUCGUAACACCGAGCCGAGAGAAAGAUCCUGUGUUUGAGGUCACAGGCAUGCCAGAAAACGUAGACCGUGCCCGAGAGGAGAUCGAAACACAUAUAACUCUACGCACCGGCGCAUUCGUGGAUCUCCAAGGCGAUAAUGACUUCCAUAGCAACGGGACGGAUGUUAGUUUAGAGGGUUUGGGUGCGCUGGGAUUGAGCGGUGCUCUUUGGUCACGUGCAACUCACAAUUCUGCGGCUCCGCCGCCUGCCAUGCAUCGCAAAACGUCCUUCUCGAACGCGGAGUCGUUUUCCACUACACGCCGCGCAGCAGACGGAGGAAGCCCGACGAGUCCCUUCAGCACCAGCAGCGCAGGGGGAAGCUUCUCUUUUGGAGGCGACUCGACUCCUAGUUUGCCGGCGACCAAUGAAGAUUUGGGUUUCGAGUUUGGCGCUGCUAAUAUUUGGGCGCCGUUUGUUAACGGUGCAAAGCAGCCGCCUCAGCCUGUCCGGCGCAAUAGCAGCGGCCUCAGCGGUGGAGCUGUAACUCCACGUCUAUCACCCGACCCCGAUCACCCUCUCGCCCGCAGAGCCCAAAGCGACCCGCUCAGCACUCUCUCCUGGCUCCAAAAUGGCGGCGGCGGCGGAUCGUUUUCUGGAGGAAGCAGCAGCAGUAGUGGAGGAAGCACAACCGGGUAUUCGUCCUGCUCUGCGUCGUCGCUUCCUGGUGGAUCUCCGACCGACUCUGAAGGCGGCGGCAGUGGUGUUGGCAUCUCUGCUACUAUGCUGAGUCGCCUGAAAGCAGGCGCUCUAGCUGGAAUGGUUCCUCGAGAUUGUUACGUGUGCUGCGAGAGCGAGGUGACUGCUGCGCUGGUGCCCUGCGGACACAAUCUGUUCUGCAUGGACUGCGCCGGUCAGAUCUGCCAGUCUUCUGACGCCGAGUGCCCGGUGUGCCACACUCCUGCCACACAGUGCAUCCGCAUCUUCUCUUAAAGACCGCCUUCAUAGGAGCGACCGCAAUGAUUAGAUAUGACACUAUUCUUGAUUUAUUGACAAUAAUAAUAAUGAUGAUGAUGAUAAUAAUGACGUCGUUACCCACUCAAGUACUUGUUUUAUUUGUCUUACUAGCGCUCAUGUUCAUAUUCGGUGGGUUUUUUUCUCCAGCUCAUGCUUCCCUUUUUCUACUCGCAGAUAUUUUUCAACUUUUACGCUGCACUUUUUUCUAAUGCAUUGUGUUUGUUUUUUAGAGGGUUGCCGAUUUUUAAAUUAUUUUUUAAAAGUUGUUUUUGUGUGUGUGUGUGUGUGUGUGUGUGCGCAUUUUUUAAAUGCAGCGCCAGACUGCGAACGCUCAUUUAGACCAAAACGUUGAGAGGUUAUUCCUGUAACACUUAAUAUUUAUACGUACUAGUUGAUGUUGAAUCUGAGAUAGCUAGAGUAGUACAUGUUAUAAGUAUCAUAACCGUGCAUUUUCUCUUUUUGCCACACUACCUUAAAACACGACGAUGACGGUGUGUGUUGUUCAUUCCAGCAGUCUACACUCCUGAAACAGGGUUGCCAGUAUUUGGAUGAAUCUGUUACGCUUUUCUGUGCCGAAGUGAACGGCGCCCUCCAUCUUCAACUCGAAUGUUUUUUUUGUUUGUGAAUGUGUGUGUGUGUGUGUGUGUAUGUGUGUGUGUGUGUGUGUGUGUGUGUGUGUGUGGUCAUCCUGAUUUGUGCACUGCGACACACUGAAAUGUCUUUGGCUGGAGUUGGAGUCUGUCUUCCGGCUGUCGCACUUAGUCCCGCUGUGGUUUUCCUCGUCCGCCGCCUAUAAACGUAGCCGCUGUUUCUGACAUCCGUAGCCCCGUUUUACACACAACAAGCCAUGAACUCACUCUAAAGGGCUUCCGGUUACACACUACACUUCAGGUUUUCGCUAAUAAACAGGAUCUUCAGUCCCGCUCGAGUCUGUGUGGCAGCUAAAUCACGCAGGGCUUCCGUACGUUGUUUUUCCUGAAACGCGGGGGACUUUUUGUUUUUCAGACAUCCUCGUUCGCAUGAGUUGUACAGAUUCCAUUGAGGACU